AUGGACGACCCCGGUGUUCUCCAGUCGGCGGUGCGAGUGCCCACUCCUCCUCCAGGCGCGCUAUCACCCAGCGUAGCUUCGCGAAAGCGUUCGCCGCCUUCGAGAUCGCCCUCCCCGAAACGUCGUCGCUCACCACCAGGGGAUUCCUCCAGAGAUGAUGCAGAUGUUGCGGGAAUCAGCUCCGCCCGUGCGGUCGAGCGGGAGCGCCAGCUCGCUGAUCGGGUUCGCGAACAUGAACGGCAGGAAGCUGCCCGCAAGCCAUUGACUGAGGAAGAGAAACAAGCCUCCGCAAAGGCCGAGUACGAGAAACUGCUCAACAUGCGAUCAGGUGGUACCUACAUCCCCCCGGCACGUCUCCGUGCACUGCAGGCCCAGAUCACGGACAAGACCAGCAAGGAGUAUCAGCGCAUGGCAUGGGAGGCACUCAAGAAAUCGAUCAACGGUCUCAUCAACAAGGUCAAUGUGUCCAAUAUCAAGUAUAUUGUGCCGGAGCUCUUUGGAGAGAAUUUGGUCCGAGGUCGAGGUUUAUUCUGCCGUUCUAUAAUGAAGGCGCAGGCGGCUAGUUUGCCUUUUACCCCCAUCUACGCUGCGAUGACCGCUAUCGUCAACACCAAGCUGCCCCAGGUGGGAGAGUUGCUGCUAUCUCGGUUGAUUAUUCAGUUCCGCAAGGCCUUCAAGCGAAAUGACAAAGCAGUCUGUAUUUCGUCAACUACCUUUAUCGCGCACCUCUGCAAUACCCAAGUCGCGCACGAGAUGCUUGCUGCUCAAAUUCUGCUGCUUCUACUCCACAAGCCCACGGACGAUAGCGUGGAAAUCGCAGUGGGGUUGACUCGAGAAGUUGGGCACCAUUUGGAAGAAAUGAACCCCCCAAUUGCGCUCGCCGUCUUCGACCAGUUCCGCAACAUCCUUCACGAAGCUGAUAUAGAUAAGCGAGUACAAUACAUGAUUGAGGUGCUCUUCCAAGUCCGCAAGGACCGUUACAAGGAUAAUCCUGCUGUCAAGGAGGAGCUCGAUUUGGUGGAAGAAGAGGAUCAAAUCACACAUCGUCUGGGCUUGGACGACGAAAUCGAAUCCCAGGACACCCUCAACAUUUUCAAGUUUGACUCGGAGUGGGAGCUGCACGAGGAAGCUUACAAAAAACUGAAGACGGAAAUCCUUGGCGAAGAUAGCGACGAGGACGACGACGAGAAUGAUGAUGACGAGAGCUCGGAAGAGGAAUCGGAUGCGGAGGAACAAAAGAUGGACAUCAAGGAUCAGAGCAAUACGGACUUGGUCAAUUUGCGCCGGACAAUCUAUCUGACGAUCAUGUCCAGUAUCGACUUCGAAGAAUGCUGUCACAAGCUGAUGAAGAUCAACCUUCCAGCGGGAUUGGAGCCAGAACUACCCUCAAUGAUCAUCGAGUGCUGCUCACAAGAACGCACAUUCUCCAAAUUCUACGGCCUGAUCGGCGAGAGAUUUGCCAAGAUCAACCGAUUGUGGUCGGAUCUGUUCGAGGCAGCUUUCGCCAAAUACUAUGACACCAUCCAUCGCUACGAGACGAACCGCCUUCGCAACAUUGCGCGCUUCUUCGGCCAUAUGAUCGGCAAUGAUGCUAUUGGGUGGCAUGUUCUGUCUGUUGUCCAUAUGAACGAGGAGGAGACCACUUCAAGCAGUCGAAUCUUCAUCAAGAUUUUGUUCCAAGACCUGGCGGAGCAUAUGGGCUUGUCGACUCUACAGUCUCGUUUCCGGGAUGAGAUUUUGCGACCAAGCUUCGAGGGACUGUUCCCGACCGAUAACCCCCGAUACACUCGCUUCUCCAUCAACUACUUCACUAGUAUCGGCAUGGGUGCUCUGACGGAGGAUAUGAGAGAACACCUGAAGAAUGCUCCGAAACCCGCACUGCCCGCGCUGCCAGCUGGGAGAUCUCCAUCCCGCUCGCCAUCUGUUCGCUCCCACCCAGCAUCAUGCUCGACAUGCACCCCACGCUCAUCCCGAUCCCCCUCUCGCUCCCGCUCCCGCUCAUACUCUUACUCUCGAUCUCCUUCCCGGGAUCGGGGCCGUUCUUACUCUCGUUCUAUUACCCCAUCUUCGCGCGGUCGAAGCUACACACCUUCUCGAACCCGAUCCCGAUCUCCACCCCGUCGUAGCCGCCGCGAUGGAUCCUACAGUCGAUCCCGGACGCCAUCUGAUCGUUCACGGUCGGUCUCGCGUACACCCCCUCGGCGCACUCGAGCUCGCUCUGAGUCUCGUACUCCCAGUCGUAGCCCGUAUCGUGCCAGGCGCUCUGUUUCUCGGUCUGUCACACCGCCACGACGUCGACGCAGCUACUCGCGAUCAGUUUCCCGCUCGGUCACACCUUCUCGCGACCCGGCAUCCAAAGAUGCCAGACGGUCCAUUGCAUCUGCAUCCCCUCGUCGAUUACGAGAUCAGUCUUCUCGCUUGGUCUCUCAUACACCUCCCAAACGGAGAGAUGAUUCGCGCCGCAGACAAAGCUUUUCCCAGACUCCCCCUCGGCGACGUUAA